UUCCUUUUUCUGCAAUCUUUUUGCGAAUUAAUUUCUUCUGCACGAUUCUCUUUUCUUUUUCGUCUUUGAGAAAAAAAAAUUGGGUUUUUGUUAUUCUUCUUCUUUCAUCAAAUUCCCCUGUUAGAUAAACAGCGGGGUAAUUCACUUGUGCUCUUUGUGGAAGAACUAUUCGAGUAUCAGAGUUUAGUUUUGAGUAUUGUAGGUUCGAUUGCUGACUUGCUCUCGCCUGAUUGCUUGAAAAAUAUUAUCGUUUGGUUGUCAGGAAUUGUUAUCUUCAUAUAAAUUGAUUAUUGAGGGCUUGCAGCUCGUCUUCAAGGCAUCAAUCUUCUUACCUGAAGCUGGUUUACUAAUUUCUCAUGUUGGUAUUGAUUAAAAACGACAUUAUCGAUUGGCAUAAGUUGAGCGCUUGUAGCUGUUAUGGAGUUUUUUGUUGUUUGUCUUGGAAGGGUCUUCUAUUUGCUAUUAUGGAAUCUCUCUCUCUCUCUCAGACACAUACACGCGCGCACGGAGAAACAAUAUAUUUCAAAUAUUGGGUCUGUUAUCUUAACUGACAUAUUACUUUAAUACUUUUGUGCUUGCAGAACUGAGCUCUAUACCAAAAUAUAGGUAAACCGGUUGACCUUUUCAGAAGUGUUCACUUUUUAAAGCUAAUAAUGGUUCUGACAUGAGAAGGUUCUUCGAUCUAAGUACAUUGUGUUUGUCAGAAUUUGUAAGUUUUAGACCAUGGCAUUGGAUGAGAAAGUGGAAACGUUAUUAAUCAAGAGAAAGCUUGAAACAUCAAGUCCACAUUUCCACCCAUGGACGGCAGAGAAAGCAAGAAACUUCCCAUAAAGGGAAGCAAACCAUAACUAAGUAGAAGAAGCACUAGCCUGGCUAUUGUCCAAAGAGUUUUGUGACAUCCUCGUCCAACUGAAUGAGAUGUUCACUUUGGAAGUCAAUGUUCUUGCAUCUUACCAAUAAUAUCAGAAGGUUUAACUUCCCUCGCUUCUAUUUCUAAAGCACCAUCCUCCAUAACUUGGUCUGAAGCUCUGAACCAAUGAAAGUCAUCAACCUAACACCUUGUAGUAGGGCUUUUUUCUCCUCAUUAACCAAAUACAUGAUCUAAUGCAACUUGGGGAAACCAAAAGAAUCUCUCCUGUCACAUCCUUGAAAACUUUGCCUACUUGUUAUGGGUUUUGACCUUCACUACUCCUUGAGGGAGUUUUUCUUUUUCUUUUUCUUUUUUUUUUGGUAAGGAAAAUUUCAUUAAUCAAAGACAAGGGAAGUUGAUUACCAAAAGAAAAAAGACAAAUGAAGUUGGGUUGGCUUCCCAGUUCCCACUAAGAAUGACAAAAGGCUAUACCAAGGAAAAACUCCACAACAAAGAAACACAAGAAUUACGGAAAGGAUGUAUGAGUCUUGAGCAGGGAGCCAGGGACCCAUAAGCAAGGCACCAGAAAUCAUCUUGGUUGUGGCAAACUGGCAACUUCUCUACAAUAACACACCAUAGAUUGGAAGAAUACCUGAAAAAACUCUUCCUCUUUUAUUUCAUACUAUGCUUCUAAUUUAUAUACUCUCAUCACAACAUGCCCUUAGAAACACUUAACCAACCGAAGCUAUAUGGCAACAUGAAGGCAUAUAUAAUUACAUAUGCCUAUUUUAAAUAGUUAUUAGAUAUCGUAUAUCAUACUAUUCUUAAUAGUUACAAACAUAUAGUACUAUUUUAAAUAGUUAAAGAUUUCACAAAUAAUACUAUAUCAAAUAGUUAGGGAUAAAUUGAGAAAACCUUUAAAAUCCUAGUUAAUGCUUAGUCCCUAGCAAUCACAUCAUGGGUAUUGACUGAAUACUUAAUGAUGCAGUAGGUAUGGCCUUUAACUGACUAGUUGGUCAACUAAUUUAGUUGAUGCUUUAAUGUCAUAAACUGUUCCAGCACACUUGCCAUGGGUAUUGACUGAAUACUGAAUGAUGCAAUGGGUAUGGUCCUUAACUGACUAGUUGGUCAACUAGCUUAGUUGAUGCUUCAAUGUCAUAAACUGUUCCAGCUCACUUGCCAUGUCUUGAAACUCUCCCAAACAGCCUAAUGAAUAUGUAUACGCUCCUACCAGUUUCCACUCCCUGAUUCUAACCAAGAAUAAUGAUAAUUUGGUGAUUGUAACUUUAAAUUUUUAAAAAAUGAGAUGUGCAUUACAUGAGGUUCAAGUUUAAAUAGAUUUGGGAUUCACUAUAUUUGGCUAAGGAAUUAGGAACAAGGAUUGAUUAAAGAUGCAAUUGACAUGAAAAAUUUUAUGUACCUAUAAAUGCAGUGGAAGGUGACUACGAAGUUGUGAUAUGCUGGAUUAGGGAUGGGGAGUGGGUCCAUAACUUUGGCUGCAUUUGGCUUAGCUUAUUGAUGGCUUAUCUCUGCAUGGAACAUUUUAAACCUUAUGGAUAAAGUUAGCUUGGAUGAGUAAUAAUGUCUUGUGCAAGAGAGCAAAAAAGCUUGAGUUACAAGAAUCAGAAAAGUUCAGAUUUACUCUUGCUCGUCUUUCUGCAAUAGAGAGUUUUCUAAAUGAAGUCUAUGCGAUGCUUCGUCCAAAACCUAGUGAUUAUCAUAAUCGGAGAGAUUUGAUUCGUAUUUUCAACAGGAUGGCAAAAGAUACCUAUGGUAGUCACAAUGACUUUCCUAUUGUGGAGCCAUUUGGGUCUUUUUUAAUGGAUAUGUUCAGUGCCAACAGUGAUUUAGAUUUAUCCAUUAAUUUUAGUAAUGAUGCAGAUCAUCUCCAGAGAGACAAGAAGAUUCAACACCUCAGGAAGUUUGCGAAAGUCCUUUAUACUCUUCAACGGAAAGGGCAUAUUUGUGAUGUCCAACCAAUCUUGAGAGCUAGGGUGCCUAUUAUUAAAUUCAAAGAUCUUGGAACUGGAAUUGAGUGCGAUAUUUCAAUUGAAAAUAAAGAUGGCAUUGCUAAAUCAAUGUUUAUCCACACGAUUUCAGCAAUUGAUGAAAGGUUUCAGAAACUAAGUUUUUUGAUGAAAGCUUGGGCAAAAAGACAUGGCAUUAACAGCUCCAGAGAUCAUACUUUGAACUCCUUAUCCAUAAUACUGUUUGUUGCUUUUCAUUUGCAGACUCGAGACCCUCCUAUAUUACCUCCAUUUAGUGAACUAUUGAAAAAUGGAGCUGAGCCUCAAGAUAUCAGGAUGACGGUUCAUGAUUUUCUGCAUUAUGGGAAGAAGAAUAAAGAAUCUUUGGCUGAACUCUUUGUAACUCUAUUGGCCAUGAUGGCAUCAGUUGAGACUCUAUGGCCUAAAGGUCUCUGUGUGAGCACAUAUCAAGGAUCUUGGAUAUCUAAAUCUUGGGAUGAUCAAGUGGGCUAUAUAAGUGUUGAGGAUUUCACAGAUCGCACCCAGAAUGUUGCCAGGGCAGUUGAUAUGGAAGGCUUAAAGAAGAUCUACAGGUGCAUCCAUGUUUCUCUUUGCGAUCUCGAAGAUUUCAAGGAUGGCCUAAUUCAAGCACCGAAGUUGAAUAAUUCUCUCUUUGGUUCAGAACCUAUUCCUUCUGUACAUUGCAGUAGUACUGUCAAUCAUAAGAGAAGCUUUCCGUUCCAUGAUCCUGCAGGAAUGUCACCUCCACUCAACCCAAUCCCACCAAAGAAGAGGCGGUUUAUUGAAGUCCCUACAGUACACCAAAUGCAUGCUGAGAUUCCAAGCCACCUACCUCUUGUCCAUUCACCUAUUCCUCAGCAGAAUCUAUACGUUCGUCCUGGAUUUGGUUAUGGAUUUAAUCAAAUGCCAUCGGGAUCUGAGAGGCCAUAUUGUCCUCCACACCUCCCAUUUGCUCCUCGACUAUAUAGUAGUGGACUACAGCAAAACACGGUAGGGGUUAAAGUGUUGCAUGAUCCAAAUCUGAUGUCCUUGGUGCCUCAUGAUAGGCUGGGGGUGCCAUAUCCUCAAGUCAACCAUAAUUGGCAUUAUAAACUUGACUGAUUAGGUUCCUUAUCCCACAAUGUUGUUGCACACUAUGGGAAGUUGCUCAUUACCGGGUUCAAAUCAACUCCACUUAAUGUUGCUGCACAUUUCUUUCUUUAAUGUUUCUCCCAACCAAGGGAACCCUCAAAUAUGAUUGCACCAAUUGAUCGAGAUUCACCUUGGAGCUUGAAGGCAUGCUUGAGUGCCUGGGCCAUUUUCAAACUCUGGACACUGGGGGGACCGCAAGACCAGCUGAUGAUGUGUGGUUCCAAUUUCAACAAGGCUAGACUGUUUUAAAUUGCUAGUCUCUACUUUAUUCAGUUCAUGUACUUAGAGCAAACAACACUUAGGUAAGAGGUCACCCGACUCAAUUGUUAGUUUCCAAAUUUUGGUAGUUUAUUCUUGGAAUUCUUAUCCUUUUUCUUCUUAUUUUUUGUAUCAUUAUAUGGCAUGUUAAUAUGUGCAGAUGCAGCUGUUUUUUUUUUUUU